AUGGCUGGGACUUUUAGCCCGCUGUUCUUUGUCUUUCUGCGAAAGAAUUUGCUCUACUUGCAAUGCAACUUGCUGCCCCUGAUCCUUAUCUGCUCGGGAUUCGCCGGAGUACUCACAGCGUACGUCCACUGGUCGGUCAAGCCCGUGAUUCACCAAAUGGAAGAGUUUGAAGCUAAAAAUGAAAUGGUACUUCGAGAAGUGUACUUUCCCGGUAAUGAGCAGGACUAUAUUUACUAUUCACCCAACUCUCCCAAUGUGGAGGACAUUAUGGAUCUCCUGCGUGUAGAUCUGGGAAUAAUACCAGAGCGACUUCGGGCCAACAACAACAGCUUCGAGAUGCAGCUGGAGAUGGAGCAACAGUGCCGUGGAAGCUGCUUCGCAAUAGACUUCCACCAGGUACCGAACCGUGGCUCUGGCGGAAAGUUCCGAUACAGCCUCAGCUCAAAUCAGAUCCGCAUUUCGCCCAGAAAGCGGUUUGUGAACGACGAGGAAAUUAACCACCAGAUAGAUGAUGAUGAUUAUAUUCGUUCCGGAUUCCUGUCCUUGCAACACAUAUUAGACAAACAGUAUAUGAAAUACCAGGAGCUGGGGAAAGACUUUGAGGUGGUGGUCAGCUCGAUGCCCAACCUGGAGGUUACCAGCAUGGAUAGUCAUCGAUUGACAUAUUUCGGAACACUGUGCAGCAUUCUAUUCAAUGUGGUCCUACUAAGCAGCUUUGUGGUGCCCUUUGUGGAAGAGAAGCAAAACGGACUGAAGGAGUUUCUCAACCUGGUCACGCCCAUGAGUUUCCUCAACGGCCUCACUUUCUUUCUCAUUCGCUUUGUGUGCUACACAUUGCUUAUCAUCUUUGUCCUGGUCGUUGCGUAUGUAUACAAGGCACUGGGCUCCAUCUGCUUUGGUUCCGUGGCAGUGUUGUUUCUGCUAUACAUUUUGUCAACCAUGUCGUAUGCUUAUCUGAUCUCUAUUUGCUUCCACUCAGUUUUCUAUGCAAAAAUCGGCGGCCUGGCAAUGCUAAUAAUUCCCUAUGUGUUCUCAUUUGUCCGAAGCUGGGCCACAUCGGUGGCCUUCGUGUUCUUUAGCACGAAUACCUUUCUGGAGGGAUUGGAUAUUUUUCAGACAUUUUCAAAUAAGCAUCGCGAAUUUGGUGCUAUGGAUAUAUUUCGCGUAAUCAAAUACGAUUCCUCAACGAUGUUUUCGGUCUACGUGGUUCUCAUCUUUCAAUCCUUUUUGUAUGCCCUGCUCUACAACUAUUUGGGUUGUGUUUUUCCCGGUCCUGGUGGACUAAAACGACCGAUGUUCUUUUUCCUAGAUCCCAAGACUUACAAGAAGCGACAACGCAACGAAUACACGACGGCACCCCGCGGCACCCAAGCCAUCAUAAUCACUGAGUUGUGCAAGAAGUUCCAGACAAGCAAGCGCGAUACGCUAAUUUCGGACAACUUGAACAUGACGAUCAACAACAAGGAGAUUACUGUGCUGCUGGGCCACAAUGGGGCUGGAAAAACUACCAUGAUGAACAUGAUAAUGGGAUUGGUACCAAAGGAUUCGGGCAAGAUAAUUGUGUGCAGUGAGCGCGAUGUGGCCUCCUAUCGCCACCUGAUUGGAUUCUGUCCGCAGCACAGCGUUUUCAUGAGCUACAUGACAUGUCACCAACACUUGGAGUUCUUUGCCCAGCUGCGGGGAGCUCGCCGCUCCGAUGCGCGCGAUUGGGCAGAUGAGAAACUUAAGAAGCUGGGACUUGGCGAUAAGCGAAACGAAUUCGGCAGGAAUUUGUCUGGAGGCAUGAAGAGGCGCUUAUCACUGGGUAUCGCCAUUGCCGGCAACACCAAAAUCGUAAUCCUUGACGAACCAUCAUCGGGAUUGGACAUUAACUCGCGUCGUGAGCUGUGGGACAUUCUACUUAAUCUACGCAAGGAGAAGGCCAUUCUGGUCACCACGCACUACAUGGAGGAGGCCGAGGUCCUUGGGGAUACCAUCUGCAUAUUGGCCAAUGGCAAACUGCAGAGCAUCGGAAGUCCUUUGGAAUUAAAACGCAAAUCGGGAAUUGGUUAUCGCCUCAAAUUAGAGAUCAACGAUUUUGCAGCAAGAGAAGGCGAAAUCAUGGAAAUAAUCCAUAACUUCGUGCCAUCAGCCAGAGUCUUGAAUGUGGUGAAUCCUACUGUGUAUAUCUGCCUGCCGUAUGCCUAUAAAAAUUGUUUCGCACAAAUGCUUUAUAAGCUGGAGAAUGAAUCAAAGGAACUGGGCAUACAUACAAUUUCCAUGACGGACACCUCCCUGGAGGAUGUUUUCCUAAGAUGCGCAGGCGAACAGGAUCAAGUGGAUACCCCGGAUGGUUCGCGCAAUGAUGCGCCGCUACUGACACACUACAAAAGACUCCCAGACCAUGCCCCUCAACGCGGACUAUUUCAACUUUGGAUGGCCGUGUUUUACAAAAAGUGGACCUUUAUUUCCAAUGAAUGGUUAUAUACUUUGAUAAUGCUGUGCAUUCCCUUUGUUUCCGUAUUUGGGGCUAUACUGGUGAUGCACGCCAUGUCCGUGGUGGAGAACGAAGAGGCUCUGCCGCUGAAGCUCAGCCAGAUGGGCAGUGGCGUUGUAUACAUUCACAAUCCGACGGGCCAUCACGCCCAUGUGGAACAGCAGCUGCGUCAACAGAUCGAGCUGAAUGGAAUCACAGUGAAAACACUGCAACUGCGUGGGAGUAAUGAUGUGAAAAAUGAAUCCCUUGACUUACAACGCGACAACUUGGCUGAUUUCUUGGAGCGGGUAAUUGGCAUCAUUGACAUGUACGGAGGUGGGCGUGGCACCUCCGAUACUCCCACCAUUGAGAUUUUUUACUCAGGCAAUCGCUACCAUAGUUCUGUGGAGCUUAUCAACUUGGUGGACUCGGCAAUGCUGAAGCUAGAGCGUCCAGAGUCUGGCAUUGAUACGACUUACGUGCCAAUUCGUCGAUUUAUUAGCGACAUUAGUCCAUCGCGCCUGGAAUACUAUGCGGUCAUCGUGCCGGUCGGCAUGUUCUUCUUCAUGUUUUAUUUCAUCUCAUUGCCGUUUCGGGAGUACGCCAAUGGAUUUAGACAGCUGCAGACCAUGUCGCGAUUUACAUACUGGCUUGCGCAUUUUACUUUUGAUAUGCUGAUCCUGAUCUUCGUCUGCGUUGCGCUGUUCAGUCUGCAAUCCUUGGUGAUGCCCUCGGAGCUGUAUACAACGGCGGAGCUUAAGGUCAUUGUGUUAAGCAUAUUUUUCUACGGCUGCAGCUACCUGCCUAUUCUAUACGCCCUGGGGAACAACUUUAAGUCGAUAUCCACGAUAUCUACUUAUUUGCUUUUGAUGCUGAUUGUGUCGGCCAUUGCCCCACUUAUCACCUCCAGCAAUGCAGUGGCCAUGAAACUGCAUGAGACCAAGAUCGCCUUCCUCUGCUUCCUACCGGACUUCAAUCUCAAUCACCAGUUUCGCAUCAUCAAUGAAAACUUUAUAACCCGACGCCAUUCGGCACUUAUAAAGGGUCUCAUCAGCCAGGACACCUUCUUUGCCUAUGCCACCGCCGUGGGUGUCAUUGUCAUGGCAUUCUUUACCAUAGUCCUGGAACACAAGUAUCUGCGCAGACGAAUUCAUGAUGGCAUCUGGGAAUGGACAUUCCAAAAAAAGAAAUACAAUUCGACAGGCACCAUUCCCAGUACUCCGAUCUCAGAAAUUGAUGAUUGUGCAAAGGAGGAAAAACGGGUUAACGAGCUGAUAAAAAACCCAUCGAACGACCAUCCACUGAUUGUACACAAUCUUCGCAAGCGAUACGGCGAUAAGGUGGCUGUGGACGGAGUAAGCUUUGCGGCUGCCCAGGGUGAAUGCUUUGGUCUGUUGGGUGUUAACGGAGCGGGUAAGACAAGUACCUUCCAGAUGAUAGCGGCCAAUUUGCCUCUAGAUGGUGGCAGUAUCCGCAUAAAAGGCGCAGAAAUUCGCGAGCAUGAGUUGAAAUAUCGGGAAUACUUUGGCUACUGCCCUCAGUACGACGCGCUAAAUAAAUUCAUGACCGCCGAGCAGUGCCUACACUACAUGGCAUUGUUGCGCGGCCUGAGCAACUCCACCGAAGGACCAGCCAGCUGCAAGGAGAACGUGAAGUACUGGCUGGAGAAGAUGCAUUUGACCAAAUAUCAAAAGGUGCAAGUGCGCCACUAUUCGGGCGGCACGAAACGCAAGCUUCUGGCGGCAAUGGCCAUGAUUGGUGCACCCGCACUGGUGCUACUGGACGAACCUACCACCGGCGUGGAUCCCAUCUCGAGACGAUUUCUUUGGCAGUGCAUCAAGGACUUCCAGGGAAAGGAUCGAACAGUGGUGCUCACAUCGCAUAGCAUGGACGAGUGCGAAGAGCUGUGCAAUCGCUUGGCCAUCAUGGCGCACGGAAAGUUCAAGUGUCUGAACAAUAUUUGCGCCCUAAAGCGAUUGAGCGGCUUCACGAUAAAACUGAAAAUGAAGGAGGACACCGAAACGGAGAUGAAUAUAUCCACGAUCACUGGCACGUUGAAGUCACAGUUUCCUGGCCUGGAACUGCGCGAGAGCCAUGCCGGCACGCUCACCUACUUCGUUAGCACGCAGGAGAGUGUGGUCCUUUGGUCGAGUGUUUUCAAGAUAGCUGAGGACUAUCUGGGCGAUCGCUUGCGCGAUCUCGUGGCCGAUUAUUCGGUGAACGAGUGCACCCUCGAGGACAUUUUCCUCAAGUUCGAGAGAGAGGCGAAAUCACAAUCGGCAUCACGUCAAACCUCCGUGCAACGCAGUCCGGAAAGCAGCUACGUUUAGGUCAGAUAUUAGAAGUAUCGGAGUAUCAGUUAAGAUGAGCGCAAGACUGCCGUAGUGGGGAAUCGGGCUCAUCCCCAUCGCGACGCAACCUAUCAUUCAUAUUCAUUCAAUUAGAACAUGGAACUCUUAUGAAUCUCUUUAUUUAUUGCUCGUAUUCUGCCCGCGGAGGUCUAAAGCGCUCAGUUCUACCGGUGGGAAUAAUCUACUUAAUGUAUUUAGGGACUAAUCAAACCAAACAAACACAUCACUUUGUGAGUAUAUAAAACUUAAGACACUUUAUGACUAAAUAUAAGUAAUAUAACAAACAAUAUUUCUACAUAA